GAGCAAAAGCAAAACUGUGCGAAAGCUAGAGAAAAGAAAAAGUUUACUACACAAUUGGCUAAGAAAUUAGUUAAAAAAACUCCGAAUUUUUAUGGUAGCCUAGUGACUAGAGCAUGUCGAAGAAAAGUGUUAGAGCAAUAGAAUUACUUUUGACAACGUAAAGCUACGCGAGAAACAAACUCAAGAAAAUCCGCUGCUGCAGCAUAAAUCGAUAUCAGCAGGGGAAAUGCUGUGAAAAUUUUCACACAACAUUUUCUCAAUCAUUUUCCGCGAUUAUGUAAAAGUGCUUAAGAAAGCUAAUUUAGAUGCACGCUUCACAUUCCAAUUCUAUAAGCUAUACAAUUCGAACCAAAUAUUAACUCAAGCCAUUAACAACUCCCCCAUUACCCCCUACUCCAUUUGCAGCUACUAAAGGUAAUGUAACGGCAUUUGAUUGAAGCGCGACAAGAAACCAUAAACAAAAACCCAAAAAAAAAAAAAGAAAAAGAAAUCGCUUCUGCUUGAAAAAAAAAAAUCAAGCGCUAGUAGCCAAGCUAGAACAGAAUGCAGCCGCCGCCGCGCAAGGGAAACUAUGUGAAAUUCCUAAAGAAUUUGCACACGGAACAGGUAGCCAAGUUGCAGCUAAAGAAUCAACAUGAGUGCGAUCUACUGGAGGAUAUACGGCAAUUCACAAUCAAGCGCUCCGCUAUUGAGAAAUCAUAUAGCGAGGGUCUGCUCAAGAUCUCAUCGCAGUAUCUCAAUAAGAAAAUACCAAAUAUACCCGAUAUUAAAAUGGAUGGCAUGGAGGAGAGAUGGAAUAUGUGGAGCGUUUGGCGCACUGUGCUUGAGGAGAACGAGAAGCUGGCACGCGCUCGGCUCGCUGCCAUCGAGGUGUUCCAGCAACAAAUAGCGGAUGAGGCCAAAGUUCUCCGAGACUAUAAGCUGGCCAUAGCCAAACGCGCGCUCGCCGGCAUAGUCAAUGUGCAAAAGGAGCUGCACUUGAGCGUCGGCGACGUGGACAAGACUAAGAAAUCCUAUUUCGACGAGGAGCACUGUGCACACGAUGUCCGCGACAAGGCCAAAGACAUUGAGGAGAAGCUGAAGAAAAAGAAGGGCUCGUUCUUUCAGUCAAUUACAUCGCUGCAGAAGAACAGCGCCCGGGUCACGUCGCGCAAGGAGCUACUCGAGGAGAAGUCGUCGGGCGCUCGCAACGAUUACAUCUUGAGUCUGGCCGCAGCGAACGCGCAUCAGAAUCGCUACUUCACUGUGGACCUGCAGACGACAAUGACCACCAUGGAGAACUAUGUGUUCGAACGAGUUGCCGAGUAUCUGAUGCUAAUGGGACGCACUGAGCUGCUUACCUGCUCGGCCAUGCAGAACAGCUUUGGCAAGAUCCGUGACCAGGCCCAACAGCUGACGCGGGAGUACAAUCUGCAGUGCUGCUAUCUAUUCUAUCCGGUGCUGAAGCAGCACAUUCAGUACGACUUUGAGGCAUGUGACAAUGAUCCGGUGCGUAAGGUCACCACCGAGCACGAGUCAGCAGCGGAGACGCUGACCAAGGAGGCGAAGAAUUUGGCCGGUCGUGUGGUCAAGGAGAAUGCCUCAAUACGGGAGUAUGCCAAGAAGUUGGCACUGUGCCAGUCGCUGCGAGAUGCUGGCCAGCGUACAGAUCCCAAUGAUCCAAAUGGCCCCGACUUGGAUACGAAGAUCGAUGAGUUCCGCGAUCAGAUACGUCGCUCGGAGACAGAGAAGGCCAAGGCAGAGGCGUGUUUGCAGUGUCUACGCGACGGCGGCAUCAAUGUGGACGAAUGGGUACAGGAGGCGGAGAUUAUGGGCGUACAGGAGCUAACACGAUCCGCCAGCUCCAUAUCGAUGCGCACCGAUGCCUCCGGCCAGGGCGAAAAUCCCAGCUCUGAUUCCUUCUACGACAGCGACAAGGAGGACGGUGCCACAGCUGUGGCGGCCACGAAGCCUAAGCAGGACCAGCAGCUCUCGCGGGAUCGCACCUUCAGCGACAGCGAAGAUGAUGCCGAGGAGCGCGAACGAGCACAGCCAACAGCUGCGGCUCCAGUGCAAAUGUCCAGCGGAUGGGAUGAUCCGACCGAGGUUAAUUGGGACGAGGCAGAGGAUGACAAGGAUGAGCCGAUUGUACCGGAGCCCAAGGAGGCGAUCUUCAAGUGCACAGCGCUCUAUAGUUAUACGGCUCAAAAUCCGGAUGAGUUGACCAUUGUGGAGAACGAACAGCUGGAAGUGGUUGGCGAAGGCGAUGGCGAUGGCUGGCUGCGCGCACGCAAUUAUCGCGGCGAGGAGGGCUACGUGCCGCACAAUUAUCUGGACAUCGAGCAGGAUGCGGCUGCCGACGGGGCUUUCAAUGGUAGUUCUGCCAAUCAAUUGCGCACACAAAUUUCAUUCUCAUCUGUCGAUUAUACUGUUGACAACGAAGAUCAAACGGUGGACUCGAUGCAAUCGCCCGAUCAGGUGUCAGUCAUAAUGGCGCCCCAGAAGCGUGUCAAGUCCGACACCGAAUGGUGUAUUGCGCUCUACGACUACGAUGCCACCGCCGAGGAUGAGCUAACCUUCGAGGAGGGCGACAAGAUCAAGAUCAUAACAAAGACGGCGCACGGCGUCGACGAUGGCUGGUGGGAGGGCGAACUGGAUGGCAAAUUUGGCAAUUUCCCAUCGCUGGUCGUGGAGGAAUGCGAUGAGAUGGGUGAGCCACUCAGUGAUGGCGAUGGCGACGAGUCACCAACACCCACAGCUGCGCCCAGCUUUGCGUUGCCCCCAGCGCCCGCAUUGCCGCCAGAGUACGCCCACGAGCUAACAGACAUAACGGAGGAUAUGUUUGCCUCACAGGAUACAGCAGAUGAGGAUCGGGAUAGUGGCUAUAUACCUAAUGGCGCCGGCGUACCCAGCAUGCCUCCGCCAGUGCUUAUACAAGAGCCUGGCAUGGAGGACGAUUUCAGCGACGAUGAGAAGCCGCCGCCGUCUUUGCCGCCACCGCAGUUGGUCAAGCCUGGGGGCGUGGCCGCUGGUGGAAAUGUGGGGGGCGUUGCGAAUACUUUGAACUUAGGUAUGGCACAAAUAAUUGUUACCGCUGCAACCCCAAUGGUUGAAGACGGUGCCGAUAAAUCUUUCCCACCAGUAGGAGAGAGCGACAAUACAGAAUCGCAGCAAACGAAGGAGCCGCAACCGGAUGUGGAGAAAAAGGCCAAGCCAAAGCCAGACAUUGUGCCCAAGCCAUCGGCAGCGAAAAUCGCGGCCCACAAACAGCCGCCAAAAGAAGGUAAUGUUGGUAAAAGUGACGCAGUGGAGGAUCAAGUGGCUCCUGCUGUAACCAUAACACUGACCGAGUAUCAUGUAUCAGCAGAGGAUGAACAUCAAUCUUUCGAUUCGGCUGAUGGGACGGUAGCCGUAGUGCAGCAGCCUGAGGAUCCGUUUGUUGAGAAACCUGCGGCAGGUGCGGCUCCAGCUGUGGCUGCUGCUGUUGCUGCUACUGACGGUGCCAGUGCGGGAUUUGAGGCGGACUUUGAGGCAAAUUUCGAUGCUAAUUUCGAUGAUGCGUUUGCUGGCAGUGGAGCAGGAGCAGCAAGCGGAGGGGGAGGAGGUGGCGGUGGUCAGUCGACCGGCUUGGAUAUGAACCCCGAGGCACAAGCAGAGGAUGUUAUUGAAGCACCCAAACAGGUGGUUGGCGGUCGAGCCAGCAUACCCGAAGAAUUAGACUCGAAUCAAUUGGCACGCCUAGAGAAUCUAAAGGAAUCGAAUGCCUAAGCGCCGCAGGCCCAUUCAAACUUCCUGGCUAAUUAAAUGUUGUUCGUUAUAAACUAGGGCACAUACCAUUGAGCACGAUCUAUAUAUAUAUAUGUUAUAUAUGGAGACUAUAGCCGAAGCGCUCACAGCUGAGAAUCACACUGUAUUGAAAUCCUCACAGCACCAGACACCAAACACUCAAAACAAUAAACAAUAUACGAUAUAUCUAAUACAAAGAAUAAUCUAAUACAACGAUGCCAUAGUGUAAACAGCUCAAUAGAACAGACCCAUAUAUAUGCAUACUAACUGAAUAAUAUACAUAUAUGAAUGUAUAUUGUUAUGCUGGUGUUGUAGUUCUCUCAGUCUCUGAAUUGGAUAUUCGAAUAUCAGCUUAUUAUCGAGCAAUAUAUAUAUAUAUAUAAAUGUAUGUAUAUAUCUAAGUCAACAUAAACUAGUUAAAAGAGAAAAUUUAAUAUAUAUACUUUAAUUACGCUUUAUUAACAGUACGAAUACCAGCCAAAAGCAAUUUCUACUCAUAGUUCAAGUUCUGUUGC